GGAAACGGCGGCCAGCAGCCGCCGCGUUCCGUUGCCGGCGCUCUUCCGCUAUCGCGGCCUCUAGUGCUGAGUUCCGCGGCCCCAGCACGGUAUGGAGGUGAAGCAGGAAUCCACGCCGGCUCCGGGCGGAGGGUUCUCGGUGUCGGUGGAGGAGACCGAAAAGUGGAUGGAGGAGGCGAUGCAAAUGGCGAAAGAAGCCCUAGAAAAUAUUGAAGUUCCUGUUGGCUGCCUUAUGGUCUACAACAAUGAAGUUGUGGGGAAGGGAAGGAAUGAAGUUAAUCAAACCAAAAAUGCUACACGACAUGCAGAAAUGGUGGCCAUCGAUCAGGCCCUUGAUUGGUGUCGUCGAAGUGGCAAGAGUCCUUCUGAAGUGUUUGGACGAACGGUGCUGUAUGUCACCGUGGAGCCGUGCAUUAUGUGUGCCGCUGCCCUCCGGCUCAUGAAAAUCCCGCUGGUUGUAUACGGCUGUCAGAAUGAACGUUUUGGGGGUUGUGGCUCGGUUCUAGAUAUUGCCUCUGCGGAUUUACCAAAUACUGGGACACCAUUUCAGUGCAUCCCUGGAUAUCGGGCUGAGGAAGCAGUGGAAAUGUUAAAGACAUUCUACAAACAAGAAAAUCCUAAUGCACCAAAAUCAAAGGUUCGGAAAAAGGAAUGCCUGAAAUCCUAAACUUCUUCUAAUGAAGGACUAAGGCCCCUGGACGAAAUUCUUGGAUUGAAAGCUGGUGACAUCACUGAAUCAUAUGUUAUACACUUUCUUUAACCCGUGGGAAAAUGGUCUCUCAUCAUUUGCUCUGGUAAAAGAACAAAUUAGCACUUUUAAAAAGUCUGACAAUUGUAAUCAACUAUUCGCUUUUCCACAAGCUGAAAGAACAUGGUAAGAAGGGAAAAGUUUAAAGGUUGAGGUUUUAGAAAGUAGUAAGCAGUGCCUGCACUUCCUGCCAGAACCAUUAUGCCCAGUCCAGGAAAGUGCCGACUGUCAGAGAACGUGCAGCCAGACGUUCGUGCGAAUGUGUGUGUGUGGGGUGGGGGAGAGAGGGCAUGAUGCACGGCGCACACCUGCUCCAGGCCUGGAAUUUCAGAAUCGGGGUCGUCAUUCUUUGCAGCUGCUAUGUUCUCCCAGGAUGUUAGGGGUCCAUGACUGCCUUGGAGAUUGUAUAUGAGUUGUAUACAUGUAGACCAUGUUUAUAUGGUCUUUGGAAAAGACGUUUUGCUUUUAUAAAGCAUUUGGAGAAAACAUUUUUAAAACAAGUGCUUAAGUAUCACUUUUAAAUUACAGCAUAUUGCUAUAAUAAGACCUUACUUAUGGCCCUUUAAGAUGACAAGUCUUAAAAAUAAAAAGUAAAAGCAUAACUGGGACAUUGUUUCUUUGUCGUUGCACAACUGUACUGUGCCAGGCCCCGUUUGGUCAUUGAAUCAGUGAACAAAACAAAGAAUCCCGUCCUCGUGGAGCUUACGUUCUAGCAGGGGAGACAGAUAACAAACGGCAUAGAUUGUAUAGAUUGUAUAGCAUGCUAGAGGUAAAGAUACGGCGAAAAGAAAAAAGAGAACAGAGUAAGGGGAUGGGCAAACCAUUGGUGGUGGCAGUGCUGGUUGCACAAUUAAGCGGAAUGGUGAGUUUGAUCUGAAACCGAAUACAGUUCUUUCUUUUUAUAAAAAUCCAGAUUUAGAAUUUAAAAUCUAAAUUUGUAAAAUGUGAACACAACCCCAGAAAGGGUAUCCACAGCAGGAAGUCCCAGACACCCAGGCUGACUGCGUGCAGUCAGGGCUGGUGCUGAUGGAAGUGCCGCUCGCAGGCCACGCUGCAGUUCACCGGCUCUGCCCAGAAGGGGGCCUCGCCGUUCCACUGAAAGCCCAGCGCCAGGCCCUGGACGGCAGCUCCUUCUCGGUUGCAUUUCUUCAGUGGAUUCAUUUUCUUGAUGCAAAGCAUCUGUAUUUGUUAGUUCUGCCAUUUGGGCGAUGUCUCUGACUUGUUUGUUUUGAAUUACAUUACAGGCUGGAAUGUAAUUGUGGUGAAAGUACUUUUAAAUUGCUGAGAGUAGCAGCUAAUCAGUUACAUGCUUCAGAGGAUUUAUAAUUGCUUGGUUUUGUACGUGUGUUUUUAACUGCAUUUGAGAAGUUUUAUAGAGAAGAAUAUGCAUGGUUUUAAAUCUAUAAUAAAUGUUACGUGUAACUUCUCUUCAAUUUCACCUGCUUUUAAAAUCAUCCUCUCAUUAAAUUUUAGUGCUUUGACUAAUU